AUGAAGCUGGCUACUGCUUUCCUGCUGCUCUGCGCAGCCUCGCUCCUGCUCUCAGGCGCAAAUUGUGACAUAUGCCCAGCUGUGGAGAAGCAUGCUAACCUCUUCCUGAAGGGAAACACUGAUGAAUUUCUCAAUUAUGCGAAAAAUUUUGUAAAAUCCUCUGCAGUAUUGGAAAAUGCUAAGCAACUGAAGAUGUGUUCCGACAAUAAACUGACAGAAGAGGAUAAGGAUAAUGUCCAGUCUGGGCUGGACAAAAUAUACUCAAGCAAUUUUUGUUAAGAGAGCUGUCUUUGUCAGAAGACCCGAGGGAGCCACAGGCCUGACCACUAAAUAGUCUUAGCAACCCGCCAUACCCAGCUGUCUAACGAGAGGAUUCCAG